UCGGAAGGAACAUUUUAGUAGUAAUUGGAACACCACGACCUUCGGAGGUUUUUGUUUUGCGCUUUGACGUGAAGUUUAACUCAGGAUUUUAAAGAAGUUAACUUGCAUGGCUUUGUGUUAACCUUCGUGUAAGGAAGUUCUCUUUUCAAGGUAUCGAGCUAAUUUCAUUUGCGCAACCAACCUUCGAAGAGAAAAAUUACGUCCGUGCGAGUCCACCCGCGUAGUCUUGAUUGUCAGUUGCCGAAGUCAUUGUCAAACAAACUAACAAUGCAAGAGUCCAGCGCAUCAGAAUCCAUACCAACUUCUGCAACACACCAAACUCGAGAGGAAAAUAAGCCUCGCCGAUCUCCUCCUCCUCUUGUGUCUAUGGACGGAACUCGUAGGGACUCGCUUGUGGGGCUCCAAAGACUUGUUUACAGCUCGCAAAUAUUUACGCAUUCACGAACAUCGCACGAAGAUCCCCGCCCUGUGGCGAACAUUGGCGAGAACGUGGUGGAAGUCAAACCAGGCCCAAGAUCUGCUCAUUCGCAGACUCGACCAAGUCUCCCCAGCCCAAAACCCAAGAGAAGCAGGACUUCGUUCACGCCGACGCAGUUAGAGCGACUAGAAGAGGAAUUUUCAGUGGAUAUGUACGUGGUUGGUUUAAAACGAAUGAAGCUGGCAAACGAGUUAAACCUGUCGGAAAGACAAGUUAAAGUCUGGUUCCAAAACAGGAGAAUGAAGUACAAAAGGGAAAGAGCAAAGUCCAGAUCAGACGGAGGAAAAUUAAACUGAGCGGACUCAACUCUACGUUAUUUAUUGUAUCAGAUUCAGCAAAUAAUCAUUGUGUAAAUACCUAAUAUUCCAUACAAUAUACGGCGAGUGCAUAUACCUGAA